CUCUCCUUUUGUGAUACUUACACGAUCUGGGACCUGCUGCGGGAGAUGGCCGGCCCGGACGGCCUGGACUGCAGCCUGGACAACCUGAUGGUGGACCUGGUGGUGGCGGCGGCCGGGGCGCUGGGCGGGGAGGCCUGUAGCAGCUGUGUCCAGGCGUACCAGCGGCUGGACCAACACGCUCAGGAAAAAUACGAGGAGUUCGACCUCUUGCUGGAGAAGUACUUGCAAUCGGAAGAGUACUCGGUCAGAUCCUGCCUGACAGACUGCAAGGCUGUCUACAAGGCCUGGCUGUGCUCCGAGUACUUCAACGUGACCCAACAACAGUGCCGACAGCGGAUCCCAUGCAAGCAAUACUGCCUGGAGGUGCAGACCAGGUGCCCCUUUGUGUUACCGGACAAUGACGAGCUGAUCUAUGGAGGUUUGCCUGGCUUCAUCUGUACGGGGCUGCUGGAGAACCAGCUGCCCGACGAGGAGGCCAAGUGCUGCGAGGUGCAAUGGGACUCCUGCGACCACCCCUCAGACAGCAACGACAACACAUCCCCCAAAUCCACGGCAUCAGAGUCGCUCCAUUUCCACCGCCACGACCCCCACGUCCAUCACCAGCGGCAGAACCACUACCAUCUCUACCACCACCACCAGUACCACCAGUACCACCAGCCCCGCUCCCCGUCCUUGCUGCCGGUCUCCGCAGGGUCUCGCCUCGGCAGCAGCAGGAUCAGACUGUGCGUGCUGGUCCUGAUGCUUCUCCACACCAUGGUGUCCUUCUCGAGCGUGCACGGCGGCGGCGGCGCGGCCGGGGGGCUUGGCCUGGAGGCCCUGCCCGCCCUGGAGGAGAGCGUGGCACGGGACGAGUGACAUGGAGGGCAGGGCCGACCUCCACGGAGAACACCAGAUCUUUUUCCACUAAGGGGGGCACAUGCUAUUCCUCCAAUGGGAGGCACGGGAUUGGGGGUGACGCACACACACCCCCCAAGAGCUGCUCGCGCGGGGCAUCCCCGUGAUGAAGAGUCUCUAACGCGCACAGGGCUGCGGGACCCGGCGCUGAGAAGGGUUCGGUCAGUGGCAGCGGGGCAGC